AUGGAUAAAUAUAUCGACAAUCAAAAUUAUCAAUUACUUGAAGAAUUAGGUCGUGGUUCAUAUGGUUGUCUUUUUCUUGCUCAAUCUUUUAUUGAUAAUAAUUAUGUCGCUGUUAAAAUACUUUCUAAAAGGGGUUUGGAUUCUAACCAAUUAUCUCUUCAACAACUUGAAAUCGAUAUUCAGCAAAGUUUACAACAUCCGCAUUUAUUAGGUCUUCAAGCCGUUAUUCAGGAACAAGAUUAUGUCUUUAUUGUGAUGGAAUUAUGUGAUGGAGGUGACUUAUUUGACUAUGUGAUUCAUAGUCACAAUCAUUAUUAUCCUACAAUUGACUCUAAUAAAGGCAUAGUGGAGGAGCAAACGAUUGAAAUCUUUAGUCAAAUCCUUGAUGCGGUAGACUAUUUGCAUCAAAAUGAAAUUUAUCAUCGUGAUAUCAAACUAGAAAAUAUUCUACUUUUACAUGAGAAUAAUCUUUGCUGUUGUAAAUUAGCUGAUUUUGGUUUGGCCACUCGAGAACGUUAUUCGGUCGACUUUGGAUGUGGCUCGGUAACUUAUUUAGGACCUGAACAUUAUAAUAAUAAUAAUAACGCAGAAGAAUCAUCGCAUUAUGAUGCAGCUGCUUCUGACAUUUGGUCAUUAGGUAUUCUUUUGCUAGCUCUCUUGUUUGGUAAGAAUCCAUGGCAGGAGGCUACAGAAGCAGAUCCUAAUUUUUGGGAAUAUAUGAAUGACCCUAAUUCACUUCAAUAUCAAUUAUUCCCUGUUCUAAGUGAUGAAUGUCUUGAAUUCUUAACUGAUUCUAUUCUUUGUAUUGAUCCUAAAAAUCGUUAUGUAAAUAUCAGUGACAUGAAACGAGACUUUUUAAAGAUAACUACUUUAUUCACAAAGGAAGAUAAUCACAUCAUGACUGCAUUAUUAUUACCUUUAGAUAUUCCGCCUAUACAACCAAGUAAAGAAAAUAAAUCAAGUUAUGACUCGGCCAUAUUUAGUCAACAAGGUGAUGAAAGUGGAUUAAACCAUAGUGAUAAUGAGGAUGAAAUAACUUCUCUAUUUCAACUAAAUAUAUCUAUUAAAGAACAAGAAGAAGAUGAUGAUGAUGACCUCUUUAUUCACAUUCAAGAAAAAGAAUCUUGGUGGUUAUAA